GUUCAGCUGAACAACCAACAUAAAAUAACAGAGACCGAAGCUUUUGGUCUAAGCUGCAAUAUGCCUAUGUGUCAGGCAUACGGCUGCUCGGUUCGGCCGGGAGAAAAUAACCAUAAAAGUGCGUUUUCUAUACCAAAUCCGAUCCGAGAUCGAGAGAGAUGUGCCCAGUGGCUUCACAAUAUUGGGACUGACAAGUUUGACAUAAAAACAUAUAAAUAUAACGCGAGUAGAGUCGUUUGCGAGGACCACUUCGAGCUGGAUUGUUUCCGAGAAGAUGUCCGUGCAAAGAUAAUGGGGUACACUCCCCGAAAAAAAAUGCUGAAAUCUGACGCUAUCCCGACGAUAUUUGUUCACCGGAAACCCCCCAAUCGAAGAAAUUCUAAUGUCAGCGACAAAAGAAGAGAGAGGACAGAUCGUGAUAAGUCUCACUCUUGGUACAGGAAAAUAUUUUUGCCUUCAGUUUGCAAGCAAGCCACCAUGUCCCUGCCAGAGAUGGAUCAGUAUCUUUUAGAUGUCCAGGUUUAUUUCACAGCCAAGGAAUGGGCAAUGUUCAGCAGUUAUGAGAGAAUUUGUAUCAAGAACGUCAAAGAAAACUAUGAGAUGGUGAACAAAGUUGGAUUACAGGUCAAUCCACCUAUGUUUAUGCAACGUCAGCAAGACAUAAAACUAGAGAUCAAAGAGGAAAAUGAUAGCGAGGAUGAGGAAAUGACGUUAGAACCUUCCCAUGUACUUGUCAAUGAUGAAAAGCCAGAUGACAUAAAGGAGAACAACUUACAUGAAGAGAGUACAAACCAUUUCACUAUUAAAGUGGAGACUGAGUAUGAUGAUGAUGGGAAUCUGCUUAAUGCUCAUGAUAUCGGAGGAGAGGGAAUCAUCGGACUAUUUGAAUGGAAGGACUAUGAUGAAGCUAUCCAGACACAAUCCAAUCCAGCAUCAGGUGAUGAGAGGUCAGGGGAUCUCAGGACUCAGUCAUGUGAUCAGAGGACAGAACAAACUUUGAUAGAAGUAGCUGCAGGGGGUGACCAGACUUCCAAGCAAUCAGGUGAUCUCAGAACCCAGUCAGGUGAUCUCAACUCUCAGUCAUGUGAUCAGAAGACAGAACAAACUUUGAUAGAAGUAGCUGCAGGGGGUGACCAGACUCCCAAGCAAUCAGGUGAUCUCAGAACCCAGUCAGGUGAUCUCAACUCUCAUUCAUGUGAUCAGAAGAAAGCACAAACUUUGAUAGAAGUGGCUCCAGGGGGCGACCAGACUCCAAAGCAAUCCCGCCCACCGUAUUCAAAAGUGGAGGGAAGAGAUGAUGGACAGAAUGGAACACUCUCAGAUUCUGGAAUCUACCGAUGUGAGUUCUGUGGAUCAUUCUAUGCUAUUCCUCUCAUCUUAUCAAGACAUCUCAAGUACAAACAUGGGGUUGAUAAUAUCGUCUUUCCAUCGUAUGCAUCGCAUGAAGGCUUUCUACAGAUUGUUGAUGGAGAAAUACAGAAACCUGCCUAUAAAUCGAAUGACUUUGAACUGGGUGAUGAGGGGAUUUUGAAAGAAGGAAAUGAAGUAAAUAUGACAGUUGAGUGUAAGCCACGUAUAGAUUCAUAUUUUGCAUCAUGCCAGGAAGUUAUUGACAAUGAGAAGUUCUUUGUAUGUGAUCAAUGUGGUAAGGCAUUUAGUCAAUCUUAUAAUCUCACAUUACAUAAACAAAUCCAUACAGGUGAGAAACGGUUUGUAUGUGAUCAGUGUGGUAAGGCAUUUAGUCGAUCUGGUCAUCUUGCAAGACAUAAACAAAUCCACACAGGUGAGAAGCCAUAUGUUUGUGAUCAGUGUGGUAAGGCAUUUUGUCGAUCUAGUGAACUAACAAGACAUAAACAAAUCCACACAGGUGAGAAGCCGUUUGUUUGUGAUCAAUGUGGUAAGGCAUUUUGUCGAUCUAGGGAACUAACAAGACAUAAACAAAUCCACACAGGUGAGAAGCCGUAUGUUUGUGAUCAGUGUGGUAAGGCAUUUUGUCAAUCUAGCGGUCUAACAAGACAUAAACAAAUCCACACAGGUGAGAAGCCGUAUGUUUGUGAUCAGUGUGGUAAGGCAUUUUGUCAAUCUAAUGAUCUAACAAGUCAUAAACAAAUCCACACAGGUGAGAAGCCGUAUGUUUGUGAUCAAUGUGGUAAGGCAUAUAAUCGGUCAAGUAAUCUCAGAAGACAUAAACAAGUCCACACAGGUGAGAAGCCGUAUGUUUGUGAUCAAUGUGAUAAGGCAUUUCGUCAAUCUAGCGAACUAACAAGACAUAAACGAAUCCACACAGGUGAGAAGGCGUAUGUUUGUGAUCAAUGUGGUAAGGCAUUUUGUCAAUCUAGUGAACUAACAAGACAUAAACGAAUCCACACAGGUGAGAAGCCGUAUGUUUGUGAUCAAUGUGGUAAGGCAUUUUGUCAAUCUAUUGAACUAACAAGACAUAAACGAAUCCACACAGGUGAGAAGCCUUAUGUUUGUGAUCAAUGUGGUAAGGCAUUUUGUCAAUCUAGUGUACUAACAAGACAUAAACGAAUCCACACAGGUGAGAAGCCGUAUGUUUGUGAUCAAUGUGGUAAGGCAUUUUGUCGAUCUAGUGAUCUAACAAUACAUAAACAAAUCCACACAGGUGAGAAGGCGUAUGUUUGUGAUCAAUGUGGUAAGUCAUUUUGUCAAUCUAGUAAACUAACAAGACAUAAACAAAUCCACACAGGUGAGAAGCCGUAUGUUUGUGAUCAAUGUGGUAAGGCAUUCAAUCGAUCAAGUGCUCUCAGAAUACAUAUACGAGUACAUACAGAUGUGAAUCCAUAUGUGUGUGAUCAAUGUGGUAAGGCAUUUUGUCAAUCUAGUAAUCUCAGAAGACAUAAACGAAUCCAUACAGAUGUGAAUCCCUAUGUGUGUGAUCAAUGUGGUAAGGCAUUUUGUCAAUCUAGUGAUCUUACAAGACAUAAACAAAUCCACACAGGUGAGAAGCCGUAUGUUUGUGAUCAAUGUGAUAAGGCAUUUCGUCAAUCUAGGGAUCUAAGAAGACAUAAACAAAUCCACACAGGUGAGAAGCCGUAUGUUUGUGAUCAAUGUGAUAAGGCAUUUCGUCAAUCUAGGGAUCUAAGAAGACAUAAACAAAUCCACACAGGUGAGAAGCCGUAUGAAUGUGAUCAAUGUGGUAAGGCAUUUAGUCAAUCUUGUCAUCUAGUAAGACAUAAACAAAUCCACACAGGUGAGAAGCCGUAUGUUUGUGAUCAAUGUGAUAAGGCAUUUCGUCAAUCUAGUGAUCUAACAAUACAUAAACAAAUCCACACAGGUGGGAAGCUGUAUGUUUGUGGUCAAUGUGGUAAGGCAUUUUGUCAAUCUAGUGAUCUAACAAGACAUAAACGAAUCCAUUCAAGUGGAGAAACCCAUAACGAAAAUAUAGAGUAUUUCUAAAGCACCAAACCUACAUUGAUUAUGUGCUCAAGGGCCAAGGCACUGUGUGCGAUCAAUGUGGUAAGGCAUUUAAUCGAACAAGUGCUCUCAGAAGACAUAAACGAGUCCAUACAGAUGUGAAUCCAUAUGUGUGUGAUCAAUUUGGUAAGGCAUUUAGUCGAUCUUGUCAUCUAGAAAGACAUAAACGAAUCCAUACAGGUGAACGGGCGUAUGUUUGUGAUCAAUGUGAUAAGGCAUUUUGUCAAUCUAGUGAUCUAACAAGACAUAAACGAAUCCAUUCAAGGGGAGAAACCCAUAACGAAAAUAUAGAGUAUUUCUAAAGCACCAAACCUACAUUGAUUAUGUGCUCAAGGGCCAAGGCGCUGUGUGCGAUCAAUGUGGUAAGGCAUUUAAUCGACCCCACUUUCUCACCAAACAAACAAAUCACACAGGUUAGAGUUAAGAAUGUUUAUAUGUGUAUUGAGGCAAAAUUCUGAAAACUUUAUGAUAUAAUAUAAUUAUAAUAUAGAUAUAUAUAUAUAUAAUAACAAGUAUAAUAAUAAUAAAGGGCACAUAUCUGUUUUCUGUCGAUGACAUUCAAAGUGCAAAAUUAACAACUUAUACAAUACAGAAAAUGAAAUCAAUAAUUACACAGAAAUUGAACAAAUUGACAAGAAAACAAAUAUGUAAUAUUUUGAAGUUGGCAGACGAGUGGAUACCAUGCGCGACCAUGGGGUCUCGAAAAGCACCAUAAACACGUAUUUUUCAUUUUCUGAAAAUGCACCCCUUAACAAGUAUUGGCGUGUGAAACCCUACCCUUAACAAGUAUUGGAAACAAAACGAUAUUCUUGUCAAGUUCCCUUAAUUGACCCCCUAAAGAAGUACAGCGAUAUUUUUCUAUGUCACGGACGUCAGUCGUCGAUUUUACCUUCACCUACAAUAGUACAGCCCCAUGCACCUCCAACAUCUCGCGCAAAUUGUACUCUAAAUACGUAUAGUGUUGACUCUUGGGGCAAAAGUACAUCCUUUAUAAAAACAUUUUAGUCUUAAUUUUUUACACCCUUGCAAAUUUGACCCUAAACACGUAGCUUUCCUAGCAAAAAUAGAUAUCCUUUUUUUCAUUAUUUUGUUGUUUUUGACACCCUUAUCAGUUAUCACGUUACGUACGUAACGUGCCCUAUCUUGAAAAAGAUAUCCCUUUUACGUGUUUUUUUGGUUGCGCAUGGUAUCCACUCGUCAAUGUAAGUGCCCCCCCCCCGGGACACAUUUUAAAAAGCCGAUUCUGCAAGUAAUCCCACAACAAUUAAGCAAAUUCUUGCUUCAUGUGGUGAGUCUUUAAUUUGUUGUGAAAGAGCUCUUUGGACUGGCAACAUUAAUGUCCGAUGGGGGUGAAUUCCACAUACGGGGACCUGCAACAGAAAAAGAUAUGUCACCCCGGAACCUCUAUGUAUAUGAUCAGUGUGGGAAGGGAAUUUAUCAAUCUAGUGACCCCUAAAGACAAACAAAUGUAUACAAGGGGAGAAACCCUAUGGCCCGUAUUCUGAAGUCAGGUUUAACUUGAACUCGGGUUUAAAGUUGUGGUUUAAGUAUGGGAAGCCAAAAGUAUCAAAAAAUUGUAUUAAGUUGAAUGUUUCUUAUGUUUACUGUGCUCUUUCCUGAUUCAUCGAUGGUGAAGACAGUAAUCCAUUUAUACUUCCUAGACAUUUAUGAAUGACUUGAGAGCCAAAUGAGCUGAAAUAUGACAUCUCUACCGUUAGUGAUUUAUGUAACAAUUGGCUAUCCAUACUUAAACCACAACUUUAAACCUGAGUUUAAGUUAAACCUGCUAUCAGAAUACGGGCCUAUGUAUGUGAUCAAUGUAAGGGAUGCGCCGGGCUGAACAAAUUUAUAUCUGGAUGAAUAGAGUAAAAUUCACAGAGCAAAAUGCUGAAAAUUUCAUCAAAAUCGAACAACAAAUAACAAAGUAAUUGAAUUUUAAACUUUAGCAAUAUUUUGUUAAAACAGUUAUAUGCACAACGUCAUGAAUAUUCAUUAGGUGGGCUGAUGAUGUCACACCCCCACUUUCCUUUUUCUUAUGUUAUUACCUGAAAUCAUAAUUGUUUCAUUAUUCCAUAUAUUAUGUGUGAAUAAUAUGUCUCCCUUAUAAUGAAAUUAGUUGCAGCAUUGGAAUAUCUAAUGCACUUCAUCAGUUGUCAAUCCAAUCUUUUUCGUUCUUGGAGGAAAAUUUUUGAAUAAACCUACAGUGUAAUUUCAUAUGAUAAAAUACAAAUGAACAAGUGGGGAUAUGACAUCAAUUUGCUCAUUGAAUAUUCAUGAAGACGCGCCUAGAACUGUUUCACCGGAAAAAUCAAAAACUUUGAAAUGUCAUAACUUUGUUAUUCCUUGUCUGAUUUCGAUCAAAUUUUCAGAGUUUUGUUUGUCUGAUUUUUCUUUAUCUUGUUAAAUCAUAUUAUCUCGGCCUGGAGUAUCCCUUUUACCCUAACAGGACUGGGGGGCCCAUGAUGCCCCUUCCCCCUCAACGCUUUGCGAUAUUUGCGAAAUGCAGAAGAUAGCACCCCAAAAAUUUAUGACUUUUUUCUUAAAAUCUUGCGCAAAAUUUUGAGACCAAAUUGCGACAGACAGGUAUAGCAUCGCGACACCACACGACUUUUUACGAGACGAUGUCAUGCCAAAAAUGGCUCAUUUUUUACUUCGUGUACAAAGUCUAUGGGAGAUGAAAUUCAUAAAAGGGUGAUUAUUUUUGUUCUAAUUGUUCUGCUUAAUUAAUUUAGGCUUUAGUUUAUUUUUUAAAUGGUCUUUAAUAAUUUCCAUUGAAAAAAUAGACAAAUACAUACAAAAUUCUAAAAACAAAGAGAUACAUAAGGAAAAAAUUGGCUUUUGCAUUUUUUCUAUUGCAGAAUCCUUUAAAUUAGAUUACAAAGAUGGCAUCUGUAAAAAAAAGAAAAGAAAUUUGGAGUGAAAUUGGGUGUCAAAUAGGCAAAUAAUGUUUUUCAUGAAUAAAUUUGCAUAUUUUAUUCAGAAUAAAUUAUUAUUUUCAGAAUUUUUUUACACUGGCUUGUAGUUUAUGUGGUAAAGAACGGUGGCUGAGAUCAGAAGGGGGGGGGGGGCAUCAUGGCCCUCCCCUCCCCCACCCCAUGUCCUCAAUACGGUACAUCUCAAAUAGCCCAGUCCUUUUAGGGUUAAUCGACCCCACCAUCUCACAAAACGUAAACAAAUCCACACAGGUUAGCAUUGAGAAGGCAUUUUUCUUGCAAUCCAUGACCUAGUCCAAACAGGUGAGAGGCCAUCUUUUGUGAUCGAUGUUGUAAAGAAGCGCAUGAAAUUUGCCCUAAAUUUCUUUUUUUGUAUGUUCUUGCCUUAAUUUAUAUACAUGUAGCUAGUAAAAUUGUAAUUUUUGGUGAGAGUAAAAAAUUGCAAAAAUAUAAUUAAUUUCUUAUGCCCUAUUUUUUUAUUUUUUUAUUCUUAUGUAUUUUUUGCUUUGUCAGAGACCCUUUUCCGAUCAUAAUUAGCAUAAAAUAAAUCCAUUUUAAUAAACUAACAUCAGUUGAAAUAUUCAUGCAUUUAUGAUAUUUAGUUGAAAACACAAUUUGCAUUUACUUUGUACACGGAUUCACGUUUUUGAGCAAUUUGGGGUCUGAAAUGCACUUACAAAAUGUUGUGUAAUUUUGGAACCGCGUACCUGGGCGUCGCAAAUUUGAACUCAAAAGAUGCACAAGACUUGAAAGUAAGACGUCAGUGAGCAGCGCGGUCAAAAAUUUCGUGCAAUGGCGUAGUGACGAAAUUUGUCAAGAGGGGGGUCAAAUAGACCCUCCCCCCAGUUCUAUAUGGGUUAAAUGAUAAAGAGAGGUUUCAAUCCAUAUCACCUUUUUUCAAAUCUGCAUAUUGUUUUAAAUUUUGUUGUGCAAUGUAUUUGUCAUUUUGAUAAUUAAUUAUUGAAGAUCUAGUAAUGAAACUAAUAUCAGGAAUUUAUCAUUAUACAAUUAUAUACAGUUUUUAUGCUUCAAGUAAAUAAAACUGAAUGCACAAUUUAUUUUCAAUAAAGCCAAAUAUUUUAAUUUCAGAUUUAAAUUUUAGUAGCUCACCAGGGGCCCGUUUCAUAAAGGUCUUGCAACUGUUGUAACUUUGCCAUUAUGGCAACUACCAUGGCAACCUUGAUAAUGAUUGGGCUUCCAAGCCCUGUUACCAUGGUAGUCGCCAUAAUGGCAUAGUUACAACAGUUGCAAGUCAUUUAUGAAACAGGCCCCAGAUUUGGUCCCAAUUCAUUUUUCUAACUUUUUUCCAAUGUGAACAUACCUGCACUCUGAACAAAAUGACUUGCUAUUGAAAUUGGAAUAAGAUAUUGGAAAACAGUUGAAUUUUCUUUCCAACAGAAGGUGCAUUUGUUUUCUGAAACUAAUUUCAAUUUGAAAAGCAAGUCAUUUGUAAAUGAUAUAUUUUACACAACCUUCUAUUGAGCCCAAUACAAUGCUACAUCGAUUGUACGCUGAAAUCCAGUGCCACACAGAAAAAUUGUUAGCCUAAAGGCCCCCAUUCCAAAAAGAACAAGACCUUUGAAAGACCAUUAAUUAUGGUUGAUCUUUCAGAGGUCUCUCAAUGAACCUACAAUGGCCUUUGAGGUCUUACACGAGUCCUGACCAAUCUUUCAGUGGUCUUCGUGGUCUUCAUGAGCUCCAAAACUUUUUGAAACGGUUCAAAACAGUCUUACAGGAAAAUGGUCUUUCAGUGGUCUUUCAAUGAACUUUCAAAGAUCUUAAUAGUCUUUCAGUGGUCUUUUGGCAGUCUCUCAAGAUUUUUGCGGAGAUCACUGUAAGACUCAUGAGAGAUCAUUCGAAGAUCAUCCAAAGAUCAUUGAAAGACUAGUCAAAGUUCAUGGAAAGAAUUCUAUAAGAUCACUUGUUGCAUAAAAUAUCUCUGAAAGACCAUUGAAAGAUCUCUAUAGUACUAGUCUAAGGCCAGAGUGCUAACAAUAAGCCCAGUCAUAUGGACAAAACAUUUAUUUCAAUGCGUGAGCAAUCACGCAAUGCAUUGAUGUAAAUAUUAGGCUUUGCUGCUACAUUAAUGAUUGUUAGUAGGGCCUCUGUUAGCGCACUGUCAGCGCUAACAACAUUUCUGUGCAGUCAGUACAGAUGACUAGUAAAAUUCCCACCUUUUAUCAUUCAGAUGAAAUAUAAUUCCAUUUAAGAAAA